UCCCCACUCUGUCCAUCCCACAACGCACGUUGAUUUGUUCCUUCAGUAUCUUUCUCCGAUCUCCAUGACUCUUCCAGAUAUGGAGAAACCUCCAGUUACAGAGAUACAAGUUCGUAUGGACUGCAACGGCUGCAUGCAGAAAAUAAAGAAGGCCUUGCACGGUAUCAAUGGUAUAUACGAUCUCCACAUUGAUUUUCCUCAGCAGAAGAUAACAAUAAUUGGGUGGGCAGAUCCUCACAAAAUAGCCAAAGCCAUUAAGAAAACUGGAAAAACUGCAAUAAUCUGUUCACAUUCAGAGCCAUCUGAUGAUCCCCCAUCAGAACCAGCACCACCAGGAACAGAGGGAGGUAACCAGCCCGCGGCAGAAGAAGCACCACCACAACCAUCAUUACCAGUGCCGGAAAAUCCACCAUCUGAGGCUGCUAAUAGUACUCCAACAAACCAGCCUCCAGUUCAAACCUCUAAACCAAAAGAUGCUGAGGAAAUUCAUGUGAUACACCACCAUGUACAAGAUAGAUAUGGGCCAUUUGGCUACGGUGGUUCACCAGCACCGGGAUUAAUUAGUGUCCAGCCACCUCAACCAAUGUUCGAGUGAAUUCCCGCAAACGUACAGGUUCGUUGACAAGUAAUAAUUGUGAUAAGUAAAGUAUCGUCCCACAGGGAAUAAGGAUUAAUUCUAGGAUAUUUGAUAAAUUUGAAUUCGUGUUUGUGACUAAAACUAUCGAAUGAAUAGUUAACGGAUUUUUAAAACUAAAAUUUAUAAAAGUAAUGGAGGUUGAUUUAAAACUCGAAUAUGCGAAUGUAUUGGAUUUCAGA